UUGUACGGUAGGCGAGUAUAUAAAAACGACCUCAUGCCGAAUCUGACAAGACUGUCUCACGCAGACCACAUUGCAGGCGCGCAGUGAGAAGUAACAACGACUCAACAACCACUUCCUUUUUCUUCCUGAGACACAAUCAAGCAACAUGAGAGAGUGUAUUUCAGUUCACGUUGGCCAGGCGGGUGUUCAGAUGGGCAACACCUGCUGGGAGCUGUACUGUCUGGAGCAUGGCAUCCAGCCGGACGGCCAGAUGCCCAGCCACAAGCCUGUCGGCGGGCACGACGACUCAUUCACCACUUUCUUCAGUGCGACGGGCACGGGGAAAUACGUGCCCCGCGCCAUCUUUGUAGACCUUGAGCCAACAGUUAUUGAUGAAGUUCGUACAGGCACCUACAGGCAGCUGUUCCACCCAGAGCAGCUUAUCUCAGGGAAGGAGGAUGCCGCCAACAACUACGCCCGCGGCCAUUACACCAUUGGCAAGGAGAUCAUCGAUUCAGUGCUGGACCGCAUUCGCAAACUGGCAGAUCAGUGUACCGGCCUCCAAGGUUUCUUGGUGUUCCACAGUUUUGGCGGGGGCACCGGCUCAGGCUUCACCUCGCUGCUCAUGGAGCGUCUCUCAGUCGACUUUGGCAAGAAGUCCAAGCUGGAGUUUGCCAUCUACCCAGCUCCCCAGGUGUCGACCGCGGUGGUGGAGCCCUACAACUCCAUCCUGACCACUCACACCACACUGGAGCACUCCGACUGCGCCUUCAUGGUGGACAACGAGGCCAUCUACGACAUCUGCAGGCGUAACCUGGACAUUGAGCGUCCCUCUUACACCAACCUCAACAGGCUGAUCAGCCAGAUAGUCUCUUCUAUUACCGCCUCUCUGCGCUUUGACGGGGCCCUGAACGUGGACCUGACUGAGUUCCAGACCAAUCUGGUGCCCUACCCCCGCAUCCACUUCCCCCUGGCCACCUACGCCCCAGUCAUCUCCGCCGAGAAGGCCUACCACGAGCAGCUGUCCGUGGCCGAGAUCACAAACUCCUGCUUCGAACCCGCCAACCAGAUGGUGAAGUGCGACCCGCGCCACGGCAAGUACAUGGCCUGCUGCCUGCUCUACCGUGGAGACGUGGUGCCCAAAGACGUCAACGUGGCCAUCGCGGCCAUCAAGACCAAGAGAAGCAUCCAGUUUGUGGACUGGUGCCCCACUGGCUUCAAGGUUGGCAUCAACUACCAGCCGCCAACCGUGGUGCCCGGUGGAGACCUGGCCAAGGUGCAGAGGGCCGUGUGCAUGCUGAGCAACACCACCGCCAUCGCCGAGGCCUGGGCUCGUCUGGACCACAAGUUUGACCUGAUGUACGCCAAGAGGGCCUUCGUGCACUGGUACGUAGGUGAGGGCAUGGAGGAGGGCGAGUUCUCCGAGGCCAGAGAGGACAUGGCCGCCCUGGAGAAGGACUACGAAGAGGUGGGCCUCGACUCCUUUGAGGAGGACGAGGAAGGAGAAGAAUACUAGAGCGGACAUCACGAUUCAUGUUUGACCGGGCAUCCGAGUGACCGGAAUGGACCAGCUCUGCCUCAGCUCUCAUAGCACUGCAAGAUAUUACUGCACACACAGGUUGACCAUUGUUGGGACAUCUCUCUUGUUCUCAGAAGCUCAUCAUGUUUCAUCUUCACAUCAUUACCAAAGAAAGCAAGCUCGUCUUGCCUUGCCCAUAAAAUUGCACAUGCUGUGCUUGUUUGAAGGUCAUGGCCAUUUUCCAAAUCCACAUAUAGUGUAUCUAUUAUAAAAGGCCUUCCCUUUUCGACAUGUAAACUAGAAUGAUGAAUGUAGUAUGUGGUGGUAUUACUUUCUUGAGUUGAGAUCACAACUUUCCUUCGUGGAAGUUGAAAUGCCUUGACCAAUAUUUGGGGCCUUUUUGAGGUUUCAAAUUUUGCAAGAAAUAAGCUGUCUGUUAAAAUUACAAUCAUUAUGUGGAAUUUCUUUGUUUUAUCUACUAUCAUGCCCACUUUUUUAUUUUAGAAAUCAGAUUCUUGCAGAACCAACUCAUUGUUAUGAGGGAUGGCUUGGCUUUGUAAAUAAAAUGGUUUAAACUUUAAA